AUGGUGGAGACUGCAUCAGAGAGGAUCCAUCUAGUCGGACUUUAUCUCUCUAAGUAUAUCGGAGACCAGCACCCACUUCAAGUAGAGGUAACCAGACCGAAGGGUACAUGGAAGUGGCUAAUUGGUAUACGGAAGAUGGCUGAGGCUCACAUUUCGUGGAGUCUGGGACCGGGUAUGGUGGACUUCUGGCUUGACACUUUGUGUGAGCUUGGAUCCCUCCGUACAUUGGUGCCGGCGGAUAGGGACAGCCCUCAGUUUUUGGUAGCAGAGUUCUUGGGAUGGGAAGGGUGGAACAGGGACCGUUUCUUGCAAUGCCUUCCGGAUCACCUGGUUGAUUCGAUUGUGGAUAUCCCUUUCGACCUGGAGGGGCAGGAUCGGAUCAUGUGGGCACGGGGUGUCCCGCUGAAGAUGUCUAUUUUUGCUUGGAGACUGUUAAGGAACUGUGUCCCCUUGGAUUCGGUGCUCCGUCGGAGAGGGCUACCCUUGGUGUCCAGAUGCUCCUGCUGUCUCAAGGACGAGGAAUCAAUACUCCACUUGUUUGUCAAUGGCCCGGUGGCACGGGAGGGGCGAAAUAAGGUGAGGUUCGAAGGACAAGCCUUGUCAGCUAGGAGGGUGAUUCGAGAAGUGGUUAACUUCAUACAUGACUUGGGACGAGCAUGGAAACUUGAGAAGGCACAGUUCUAUAGGGACCUGGAUAGUGAUUGGGCGAGCUUGGCUAGUUCGGUGGCUCGUAAACGGCAGGCAGUGGUAGUCACAUGGACUAAACCUCCAGCUCAGCGAUACAAAUUAAACACAGAUGCUAGCGUGGUCAACGAAAGGGCUAGUGGAGGAGGGUUAUUGCGUGACUCAGAUGGUAGGCUUAUAUUCGCUUUUUAUAAGGAGUUUGGGGAGAAGGGGGUCCUCCAGGCUGAGGCGCUGGCACUACUGGAAGGGUUGCGAGCGUGCGCGGCAAAGGGGGUACAGGAAGUGUUGAUGGAGGUGGACUCUGCGGUUCUUGUGCCACUAGUCAAAUCAUUGGCUCUGGGAGGUUGGUCACACUGUAAUUUGCUGAGACGGAUUCGUCGACUUCUGGAUCAGGUGUCUGUUUCAUUUAUCCACAUCUUCCGUGAGGCAAAUAUGGUUGUAGACAGGUUAGCGGCUCUGCAAGGGUGUCCUAGUAUGGUCUUUGACUCUGUUCAGCAGCUAUCGAGGGAGAUUUGCGGCUGCUUGGCUAUGGAUGCUAGGGAAUUCCCAUCCCUUAGACUAGUGCCUUGUUAG